GCAGCGCCGAGGCGGAGCCGGAACCGGGAGGCGACGGGGACCGGGGGGGGGACACCGGGGGGGGCCCCUGGGGGUCCCGGGGAGGCAUGGCCAGGGCCGGCUGCGCCCCUCCGCGCCUCGACGGCUUCGUGCUCACCGAGCGCCUGGGCACCGGCACCUACGCCACGGUGUACAAGGCGUAUGGCAAGAAGGACACGCGCGAGGUGGUGGCCGUCAAGUGCGUGAGCAAGAGGAGCCUCAACCGGGCGUCGGUGGAGAACCUGCUGACCGAAAUCGAGAUCCUAAAAACCAUCCGGCACCCGCACGUCGUGGAGCUCAAGGACUUCCAGUGGGACAGCGAGCACAUCUACCUGAUCAUGGAGUUCUGCGCCGGGGGGGACCUGUCCCGCUUCAUCCGCACGCGGCGCCUGCUGCCCGAGAAGGUGGCACGCGUCUUCCUCCAGCAGCUGGCCUGCGCCCUCAAGUUCCUCCACGACCACAACAUCUCCCACCUGGACCUCAAGCCGCAGAACAUCCUGCUGAGCGCCCCGGAUAACCCCCAGCUGAAGCUGGCAGAUUUUGGCUUUGCGCAGUACAUGUCGCCCUGGGACGAGCAGCACGUGCUGCGGGGCUCCCCGCUCUACAUGGCCCCCGAGAUGGUGUGCCGCCAGCAGUACGACGCCCGCGUGGACCUCUGGUCGGUGGGCGUCAUCCUCUACGAGGCGCUUUUUGGGCGCCCCCCCUUCGCCUCGCGGUCGUUCGCCGAGCUGGAGGAGAAGAUCCGCAGCGACCGAGCCAUCGAGCUGCCCAGCCGGCCCCCGCUGUCCCCAGACUGCCGGGACCUCCUGCAACGCCUCCUGGAGAGGGACCCCCGGCAGCGCAUCUCCUUCCAGGACUUCUUCGCCCACCCCUUCGUGGACAUGGAGCACGCGCCCGGCCCCGACAGCUUCCCCAAGGCGACCGAGCUGGUGGUGGAGGCGGUGAGGAAGGACCAGGAGGGGGAUGCGAGCGCCGCGCUCGCGCUCUACUGCAAAGCCCUGGAGUAUUUCGUGCCUGCCCUGCGCUAUGAAAGCGACCCCCGGCGCAAAGAGGCCAUCCGGGCAAAGGUGGGGCAGUACAUCUCGCGGGCGGAGGAGCUGAAGGCGCUGGUCACCUCCGACAGCAAGAACCUCCUGCAGCAGGGCAGCCCGGCCAGGGAGGUCCUCAAAGAGAUGGCCAAGGACAAGCCGCGGCUCUGUGCCGCGCUGGAGGUGGCGGCAGCGGCCAUGGCCAGGGAGGAGGACGGCCGAGACGACGGCGACGCCUUGGAGCUCUACCAGCAGAGCCUGGGCGAGCUGCUGCUGCUGCUGGCCGCAGAGCCCGCGGGGAGGAGGCGGGAGCUGCUCCACGCCGAGGUGCAGACCCUGAUGGCCCGAGCCGAGUACCUGAAGGAGCAAAUGAAGGUGCGGGAGGCGCAGUCCAUGGGCAAGGAGGCGCUGGCGGAGUCCGUCCGGAGCUCCUGCACGGUGCAGUGACAGCGGGGCUGUGGCAGGGCGGUGGUGGCAGGAGGCGUCCCUGCCGCGACCGUCUGCUCCCUGCCCGGCCGUGCCGUGCCCGCGGCGGGCGGCUUUAUUCCACCCCAGUUCCUCCGCACGUUUGGGCGCCCGCUGCUGCUGCUGCGCGCAGGCUCCUGCGUGCACAGCCCGGAAAAAAUAAUAAUAAUAAAAAAAAAAGGCACACACACACAAAAAAAAAACAUCCUAUCUGCGCUGGAGGCAGUCGGCGCGGGCACCGAGCGCGCUGCUCGCCCGUGCCACGAGCUUCAGGGAAACGCCAGCGCCGACCCCGGGGGCAGGAUCCAGGCCCCCCCGUGUGCUGUGCCCCAUGGGGAUGCCCCAAAACCCUCGUCCCUUGGGGCUGUCCCCAGCUGGAGUGGCUCUGUGGCUGCGGGGGGGUCAGCCUGCCCUGCGGGGAGGGGGCCUCGUCUCCAAAGCUGCUGCGUUUCAGGGGAAUGUAAUUUAUUGCCUCGAAUAAAUGCUUUGGUUUUUUGGGG